AGCGGUGGAGCGCAGAGGACACGGCGGUCCGGCCACCGCUCCCGUCCAGCUUCGGGCCGAGCGGGUCCCACCCUGCCGGGCGCGCGCUUCUAGCGGCCGAGAGCCUCGCAGCGGCCUCCAGCGCCCAGCCCCGGGGAAUGCGGCGGCCCCCGGCCCCUGGCGCCCCUCGGUGUCUCGGCUGGGCCUCCUUGCUCGUCUGCUCCGCGGCCUCGACGCUCCCGGGCCCCCUGAUGGCGGCGAAGUGGUUCAAGGAGUUCCCGCUUACUUUGAAGACCGCGUCGGAGCGCGCCCGGCCCGGGGGCGCCGGCGGCAAGCAGCGCAAGAACUCGGAGACUGCCGGCGCGGCGCCCACCCCGGGCAAGGGCCGCAAGAACUCAGCGGCCGAGCUGGGGGGCAGCAGGGCGGGCAGCGGACCCCCCAAGGACAGUCGGCUGUCCAGGGACAGCCUGCAGGGUCUGAUCCAGGCCGCUGCUGGCAAAGGCCGUAAGAACUCCCGGGUCACCGCCGCCACCACCGCCACCACCGAGGAGGAGCCCCACCGGGGCGCGGUGGCCAAGAGCGCCGGCUGCAGCACCUACAUCAGCAGGCUCAUCAAGGUGGACACGCAGGAGAAGAACGGGAAGAGCGCCUACCCGGGCGGUGGCAGCACCAGCAGUUCCAGCAGCUCCUCUUCCUCUGCGUCCUCUUCCCCGUCCUCCCUGGGCCCCGAGCUGGACAAGGCCAAGAUAAUGAGACAGCAAGACACGGUCAUCAUUUUAGAGGACUAUGCUGACCCUUACGAUGCCAAACGGACGAAAGGUCAAAGGGAUGCGGAGAGGGUCGGUGAGAACGACGGCUACAUGGAACCAUACGAUGCACAGCAGAUGAUAACAGAAAUCAGACGCCGUGGUUCCAAAGAUCCCCUGGUGAAGGCCCUCCAGCUGCUAGAUGGCCCAUGUGAGCCAGGGGAGACCAUGAAGGUGGAGGCCACAGCCAAGAGACGCAGCUCCAAGGACCUGCUGGGGAAGCCGCCACAACUCUAUGACACCCCCUACGAGCCUUCGGAGGGUGGCCAACGUGUGGCAGAGGUGAAGGCGCGGCCAGCAGACGGCAGGCUGCCAGAGGAGGACGAUCGGCCCGCUGCAGAGUACGAGCAGCCCUGGGAGUGGAAGAGGGAGCAGAUCGCACGAGCCCUGUCAGUCCAGUUUGAGGGAUCUGAUCGACCUCCAGGCAGAGAGGAGGCAGGGAGACCGCACCACUGGCAGAAGACAUUGAAGCCGACCCUGUCAGACCACGGCGAUGGGGAGAAGGUGGACCCAGGCCUGGCCCUGGAAAAGCAACCUUGGUAUCAUGGCUCCAUUAGCCGAGCUGAGGCUGAGAGCCGACUACAGCCUUGCAAAGAAGCUGGUUACCUGGUCCGGAACAGCGAGUCAGGGAACAGCAAGUAUUCCAUUGCACUGAAGACUAGUCAAGGGUGUGUCCACAUCAUAGUGGCUCAGACAAAAGACAACAAAUACACACUGAACCAGACGAGCGCUGUGUUUGACAGCAUCCCUGAAGUGGUACACCAUUACUCCAAUGCAAAGCUGCCUUUCAAAGGGGCAGAACACAUGACCCUUCUUCACCCAGUGCACAAGCUUCACUAAGGUCCAGCCAGAAAGUGCCCAGCCACCUGUGAGGGUGUCAGCUGCCACCAGCAUCAUGUAGACAGGACUCUCUUCUGCUGCUGCAGACCAGGAGUCAGCACCUACAAGUCAAGCAGUCUGUGGUCCUAAAUCAGGACAGAGUGGUUUUCCGAUCUGUUCUUUCUCUCCUUGCCAAGUAGCUCUGCUGUAAGAGAGCAUUGCUCGCCUGCCGCCUCCUCCCUUGGACUAGGAGUUCUGUUUAGAGUGUGACCCUCAGGAAAGGUAGAUCUAUCAGGAGCACUGAACUUGUCCCUUGGUGCUGUUCUCUGGAGUGCCUGGCCUCUGGACAACAGAGAACCUCAAGGCCUUCAUGAGUGACUGCGUGGGCUGGAAGAUCCUGCAGUGUAAGCCCCUUGUGAGGAAGUGGAUGGACCAUGGGAAACAAGAACGACGGACAGGAAAGCUAUCUUUCUCCACGUCCUGAUGCAGCUGUGGCCUUCACACAACAUUCACAACCUGAGGACUUCACAGGAGUAUUAUUUGGUUGGUCUUAAGUAUUUGCUUUCUCGAUUUCUCUGGACAGUCUCACCCUUCUGCGCCACAUCAGUACUAUGAGCAGAAAUCGGACGGAGGACCCCAGAAUAAAGUGUUACCAAUAUAAUCAAGCGGUGGCGUCCUUUCUAUAAUUCUGAUUGUUAUUAAGUGUACUCCAAAGAUUUGGUUUCUGAUUUAAAAAGAAAAUUCUACACAGCUCAAACCUGUUUUGUUAUUGGAUAAUUAUAUAGCUCUUCAGACAGCCUUCUCUUUGUGUAUUUUUGUUGCAUGAAAUCAUCUUUAAGAUUUCUUUCUGAAAUUAGAUUUGCUUUGUAUUUUUGGCAAAAAAUUUUUAUAACAAAAUUGGGAUCCAAUUGUAUGAACUGAGUCACUGGUCUGAAAAGAUUGCCUCUGAUGUAUAUACAAAACAAACCAAUAUGUGCCCUACAGAAACAUUUUGAAAAAUAUUGUAGUCUGCGGCAAUCUCUGCUGCUCUCUGAGUCACUAAAUCAUUG